CCCCCAAUUUAAUCAUUACUUUUCUGCACUAUUUCCAUGUUUAUCCCAUACUUCACCAGUGACCAAAAAUCACACCCACUGUCGGCCCUUUCAACAGUACCCAUUUUACACAAAACGACAAAAACCAGUACAUCACCAAAUUCAUUAACAAUAACCACAUAAGCUUAAUAAUGGUGUGGCUGUCUGAUCCUCCCAUUGUUAUAAAUAAUCCCAAAUCCUCACUCCUACAACAUAUGCUAGCAUUAAUAUAAAUUUAUUCGUAAACAAUGCUUCCCUUCUUCCUAAGAUCCUUAUCAAGAAGAAGAACAACAGUCCAUCAUCAUCAUCAUCAACAACAAGAAGAAGACCCAGAAAUCAAGAAAGUGGACGAUAAUGAUGAUAAUAAUUCAUCAUGGAGCAAAAAGGAUAACAAUAUUUGUCUUACAGUGUGGAGAAAGUCUCUGGUUUUCAACUGCAGCGGGUUCACAGUGAUCGGACCCGACGGCAGUUUAGCUUACCGGGUGGAUAAUUACAGCCCUCGCCCCCAUCACCUCCUCCUCAUGGAUGGCCUCGGAAACCCCAUUUUCACCAUCUGUCGUCCCAAGUCGAAGCUGAUGAAGGUGAGCAGCGACUGGGCUGUGUACGAAGGAGAAGUAGCGUGCAGCAGAAGGCAAAGGCAAUUAUUACCUGUUCUGUGUGCGAGGAAAAAUAUGAUGAGGAGAGGAGGGAAUGUGGCGGCGGCGGCGGCGGCGGCUUACGUUGAUGACGACAAGGGAUGCUGCAGAUACGUCGUGGAAGGUUCCUACUCUCGUCGCUCCUGCAAGAUUCUGGAUGCUUCCAGAAGGGCUGUUGUCGGAGAGAUCAAGAAGAAGAAUAAGAAGAACACGAACCAUGGUGCUUCUGCUGCUGAAUCUUUUGGUUUGGAGGUGUUUGAGCUGGUUGUAACCCAAGAUUUCGACUCCAAAUUCGCCAUGGCUGUUGUGCUCUUGCUCGAUCAGAUGUAGAAGAAAUAGUAAUCUCGUUAAUUAGCUAAUUUAUUAAUUAAUAAUCUACACAGUUUUACUCAAAUAUGUCGGCUAUUGUCAUUUGCAUAGUUCAGGGAUAUCCCAUCCAAAAAUAUGUUCAUUGACUGUUACAAUGUUCAAAGAGAAAGUGACGCAUAAGUAGUGAUUUUUUUUUUUUUUUUUUAUUAUUAUAACACUGGAAUCAGCAACAGCUACUACUCAAAUAGCUUGCAGGUAAAAC